CACCUGGGUAUGGCUUGGCCCAUGGGCACCGGGCAGUGGGCAAUAGAGUGGGUGAAGACAAGAGGAUUUUUUCUCGUAUAUCUGUGUAUCAGGGGCGUGUUAUGAUGUGUUAAAAGGUGCUAAUAGUGUAUGAAAUGUGUGAUGUGAAUCUCGUAAUGCUGCUGAAGCUUUGGCGUGACUUAGAGCUGUUUAAAAACGUUUAAGCUAAUAUACGUUUGCAGGAACACACGAUCCACUUAAUAACACGAAGGAACAUGUGACGGAUAACCAAGCAUUACAUCAUCACUUGCUCUCUGCUUUCUGACGAAUAACCUUACGAAAUACUGUACGUUUGCAACCUGAAGUAGGUACUCGAACCCUCCCUUGUAGACCGUGCUAAUUCACAACAAAGAACCUGCCAUAUCCUUUCACCAUGAAGUUUAUAACCUUCCAACACCUAUGCCUCUGCCUGUUCCUGGCGGGGAGGGCCAACGCUGAUGAAUAUGUAGAUCUGACGUAUAAUUUCGAUGAUAAUACGAUGGCUCUUCUUGGUGUCACUCCAUUUAAGUUGAAACAAGUGGAGAGAGGAUACACCUUGUCUGGUUACUGGCAUGAAGCGAACAGCCUGGAGGUGGGCGAGCACGCGGGAACCCACCUCGACGCCCCCGCCCACGCCUCCGAGAAUGGGUGGGCCGUCGACCAGAUUCCUCUCGGGCACCUUGUCGCUCCGGGAGUUAAGAUCGACAUCCGAGAGAAAGCGGAGAACGACCCGUCGGCGGAAUUGACCUCGGAUGACCUCAUGGCCUGGCUGGACGACCACGGACCACUCCCGGACGGGGUCGUCGUCUUUGUGCACACGGGAUGGGGGAGCAGAUACGGGAACAAGACGGCCUACUUUGGCACGGAUUCGAACGACACCUCCCAAUGGGCGUUUCCCGGAAUCAACCCCGGGGCGGCACAGAUCCUGACGGGGUACGAGGCGGCCAUCGGUCCCCGGGUCGUGGGCGUGGGCAUCGACACGCCUUCCCUGGACCGCGGGGGAAUCGCCGACCGACUCACGCACGCCGAGCUCGCCCAGAAAAACGUGUACGGCCUGGAGAACGUGGCCAAUCUCGACAGACUUCCAACCACCGGCUUCGAAGUGACCGUACUGCCCAUGAAGGUCGCGGGCGGGAGCGGCGCCCCUGCACGCAUCCUGGCCACCCUGCCCAGUGCCAGCGCCUCCCCUGCCACGCCCACCCUGCUGCCCCUGCUUCUGGCGGCCGGAUUGGGUGCGAGGGCCAGCGGGGGGUGGUUGUAAAGGGGUCGGGGGCGGGAG